GCAGGAUUUUUCUCUUUUUGAGCUCGGCUCUUAUUUAAAGACGGAUUAUUGGCUUUCUGCUUCUCAUAACAAACCACAGGGAUAGUUUCGUUUAGACAAAAAAAAGAAGAAGAAGAAAAAGAAGAAGAAACAAGACAAGAAGCCGAGAUACGGAGCGGGAUCCCAAACAAGAGCGCACAUCGUCUUUUCUUUUUCUUUUUUCUCUUCCCCCCCCCCCCCCUCUCUCCUGUCUCGCGCGUAUCCAAAUAAGAGCAGCGAGGAGGAAGGAGCCGGUCUCUAUAUGUACAAGGAGGGAAGAAGCAUGUCACGGCUGUCCCUGACCCGGUCCCCGGUCUCUCCGCUGGCCUCCCAGGGGAUCCCCCUCCCGGCUCAGCUGACCAAGUCGAACGCCCCGGUGCACAUCGACGUCGGGGGACACAUGUACACCAGCAGCCUGGCGACCCUCACCAAGUACCCGGACUCGAGAAUCAGUCGUCUGUUCAACGGCACCGAGCCCAUCGUGCUGGACAGCUUGAAGCAGCACUACUUCAUCGAUCGGGACGGCGAGAUAUUCCGCUACAUCCUCAGCUUCCUCAGGACCAGCAAACUGCUGCUGCCAGACGACUUCAAGGACUUCCACCUGCUGUACGAGGAGGCGCGCUACUACCAGCUGGUGCCCAUGAUCAAGGAGCUGGAGCGCUGGAAGCAGGAUCGCGAUCAGCGGCGGAUGGCGCAGCCCUGCGACUGCCUGGUGGUCCGCGUCUCCCCCGACCUGGGCGAGAGGAUCGCCUUGAGCGGCGAGAAGGUGCUCAUCGAGGAGAUCUUCCCGGAGACAGGAGACGUGAUGUGCAACUCGGUCAACGCCGGCUGGAACCAGGACCCAACGCACGUCAUCCGCUUCCCCCUCAAUGGCUACUGCAGGCUCAACUCUGUCCAGGUCCUGGAGCGUCUUUUCCAGAAAGGCUUCAGCGUGGCGGCGUCUUGCGGAGGCGGCGUGGACUCUUCCCAGUUCAGCGAGUACGUGUUGUGUCGUGAGGACCAGCGGAGUCUCUGCCUCAACACACCCAUCAGGAUAAAACAGGAACCGCUGGACUAGAGCAUCCUGGGAGAGGGACUGCCAACCCUAGCAACGCUCCUUCCAUCUCCCCACACCACCCGACCCUAACCACUCCCCCCCCAACAGGACCACAACCAGCCCCACCACACCGAAGUAUUAGCGGAGGCGUGUUAACCUCGCCACCUCUGCGGAACUCUUAAGGGGAAUGUAGUACCAAACAAAGGAGGGGGGAAAAAAAUAAGGUAUCGGCAGCAAAAGUUUUUGAUGAUGUGAAAUGACGCCCGAGGAAUCUGGAACUGUGAUGACAACAAACGGCGACGACUCGACUCACUUGAACCACGUUUAGCAUCGUGACUGGUUGAUUCAUUUUCCGUGUAAUUCUUAUGACAAAGGUGUCCUGACCAUUUUUGGAGUGGCACAACAGCACCCUCCUUCAAACACACACACACACACACACACAAACACACCACCCUUCUUCCCCGCUGUCAGUGGUGUAUCAUCCGGUUCUGUCUCGGUAUGAGGCCCUUGUUUAGUCUGCUGUGGGUCAAGAAAGCUUUGGCAGCCAGGACGCUGUUAUGUAUGACAGGAAGUGGACAUAAUCCGCCCCCCCCCCCCAACACACACACACACACACGCACAAACACACUCCAAACAGGCCUCGCUGCAGACGUUGGGGCGUUUCGCCGAGAAAAACAGCACCGUUUGCCAAACUGAUUGUUUAUUCCAAUUUUCAUUGUUGUUUCUAAAGUAUGUUCUUCUUGCUCCUUUUGCUGUUCUCAUCAUGACACGGUGUAAACAAUUAUUAUUAAUAAGAUUAUUUUUAAUGUCUCUCUUUCCCUUUCUCCAAUAUGAAGGAUGUAUGAACGUUGUAUUCAUUAGGCUUUGAGAGCCGGCGACGGGAGCGUUUCUUGGCAGAAGCUGCAGAAGCUCGGCUUCCCGCAGGCUAUGUGGCUAAAGCGAUCUGGCUGGCAACGCAUUCGGAGCCGGAAAAAAUGCCAUUGUUCAAACAGGAAUGGAAGAGAAUCUAGAUCUUGCAACAAAAAUAUAUAUCGUCAAAUGUGUAUCACACAUAUAAAAAAAGGCUUUUGAAUCCCUGCUUAUUAGCUCUAAAACAGGAUCCUCUCUCGGGGCACAAACCUGUCCUCGCAUUUGGAGAAAGUCCCUCAAUUUGAAAUCCAGGUUGAAGUCGCAGCUCCACGUGUUUUGUGGUUCCGUUGAGUUGGAAUGUUGAAGGCUUGAUGACCAACGUGGCCGUUUACCAGUGUGUCCCCUGAUCCCGUACAUGGGGCGUACACCAAAUGCUGAAAUGUUUCUUUGCACUUACAACGUUUCCCACGGAGCUGCCCCCCCCCCCUUUUUGAACCCGGUCCAGCUGUUUUAUCAUCUCAUGUUUCACAAAAACAAACAAACAAAAGUCCCAACAGAACAAAUACUGUAGGUACCGAAGGGGACAAGGGGUCUACUUGGUCCCUAGUACGAACGUAAAGGCGUUAUCUCUUCUCACAGUUUAUAGCAAAAAAGACAAAAAACUGUAUGGAGGGCGCCAACAUUCGUUCCUCCGGGGGCCUCCGGGGCCCUCCAGUCUGCACCGUUUUGCUCACAGUACCUCCAGAGAAAGUUUGAGAUACAAAAAUCUCUGCUUGUUUCAAUAUUGUCACUUCUAAACCCAGAUUAAUCUGACGGUUGUCCACAUACAUGUGGAGAACCGUCGGAGUAAUCCGGCGGUUCUGCCAUACAUACAUGUGGAGAACCGCCUGAUUAUGUAUGGCAGAACCCGACGUGAACCGCACUCCCGGCGUCGGCGCCUCCUUCACAAAGAGGCGAGUGGGCGGCAUUUACUCUCCCCCCUCCGCUGCCACUCUCUCGGCCUUAUUCUCAAACAUUUCUGGAUCAAAGGCAGAAAUACAAGAAAGGCCAAUUUUUCAUGCUUUUUAUUUGUGUGUAACUUACAGAUGCUGUUUCUUCCAUUCCGAAAGACUGAUAGAAAAGAGAAAAGAGAGGUCCAUUCUGAUCUUUGUGAGCGCUGGCAUUUGUUUGAGUUAAACUUGGGGUGGUUUCCGCCCCCCCCCAAAAAUGACUAGUUGUUCAUUAAAAAUGGGCAGUAGCUCCUCCGACCACGCUGUCCUAAUAUCGUCUCUCUCCGGUUGGCCGCUGAUUAAACAACCCCGCUGAGUGGAGAAAGUUGAGCUGGGUGCAAGUGUAGCUCCCACUCCUGCGCCCCCCUGCCAACCCAACCCCCCCACCCCCCGGGGGUCUCGCUCACAAUCAACCCCAUCUUUGUUCUGACCUGCCUUUGGCCUGCGCCUUUGCAUCCAGUCGCCUCAAAGGGAAUGGUCAACCAGGCCUUUUCAUGUGCCGAGGCAUGUCGGGCUCUUCACAGCGUCCCCACUCCGCCUCCCUGAAGGCUCACAGCUCAACCCCCCCCCCCCCACACACACACACACACACACUCCCCCGUGCCCCCCGCUGCUGUGUCAUCCCCAUGCCCGGGUUUCAAAAAAGUUUUUCAAAGUCCACCGCUGAAGCACACACUGCAACCGACCUGAAGUGAUGAGUCAAAAUGUGAGCGCACUCAGAACUCACUGUAAGGACACUUUGAUGCAGUUGAUGAUGUGAGGUGUGGAAUCUCAUCCGGGGUUGGGGUCAAGCGGGGAUUAAAGGAGUUGUUUGUUUUUCAGGGAGGAAGGAAAGAAGGCGUAAAGCUUCUCACCUACGUGGCACUUGGAAAUCACAGAAUGGACUUUAAAGGGGGGGGGGGGGGUUACGCACAUUAGAGGACAAACACAAGCGUCCGUCCUCACCUGCGCAUAGAGCGGGGGAAAGGAGCAACAUUUGCAGUUUCGGGCUUCUUUCUGCAAUAAGCAAAGCUGGGACGCCGUGAAAGGUUAGGUACCAAAGGGUGACGGCCCGACAGGACUGGGAACUCCCCCCCCCCCCCCCCUUUCAGAAGAAGUGCUGGUCAGCUCCCACACGGCAUUCACUCCUCCUCUGAGGCGGGUCAGCUGUACAGUUAUUGUAUAUUGAAUUACCAGAAUUCGGGGGUUUCACUGGACCCUCGUGUUUUUGAGAGAUCUCUUAGUCCUCCUCACGUAAAAAAUAAAUAAAAAUAAAUGUAAAGAAUUCAAAGCGUUGCAUUGUGUACAUAUGGAUUCAAGCGUUUCAAAAGGGUAUAAUAAAGGUGCAAAUGUAUAUUAUUUAAAGUGUUUAAAUUUCAAUUAGACUGUGGUAUUAAAGGGCAUGUGUUCAUUUACGGUGUCUCCAUUUGACUUUUCUUGCAUAUUUGCAAUAAUAAAAGGAUGUACUGAUGUAUA